UGCAUAUUCACUCUGUUGCUCCCAUGCCAUCCAUCUCAAUAAAUUAACAUGACCACAACACAAUCUUGGAGUGGAAACUCCAUGUUAUCUCUCCCUCCAAACUCUCCACAGCACCUCAGCCACCACCACAUCAAGCGCAUGAACAAAGGUACCGAGACAAAUGCAACCACCCGGAAAGCCGAAUCUUCAGCCGGAGAGUCAAAAAAGAAAAACCACGCACACAUUCCACAUGACUCAGACAUUUCAUCGAACACCUCCCCUGCACAUAUAAUAAACCCCACUCCUCCGAACCCAAUCCCCAUCAUCAAAUCAUCUCGAAAAGCAGCAAGCAUUAAUUAACCACCAGACCACGUACACCAUGAGUCCUCUUCGCUACUCGGCAGCCGUGGGUAUCUUGGUCGUAGCCACCAUCGUCGGAGUAAUGGGCGCCAACGAGCCGGCGCCGCCGGCGUGCUCCACGGUGUACGACGAGCUGCAGCCGUGCAUCCCGUACUUCACCGGACGCGGGGACCCGGCGAAGGAUUGCUGCAGCGGGGUGAAGGCGCUGCAGCCGUACUCCAAGGCGAAGUCGAAUCGUGUGGCGAUCUGCCAGUGCCUGAAGUCGAUGGUGAAUUUGGUCCCGGGGGUCGAUUUGUCAGCCGCGUCCAAGCUGCCGAAGAAGUGCAACGUCAACGUCAAGCUUCCCAAGCUCUCUCUAGACAUCGACUGUUCCAACUCGGCGAAGCUCCACUCUCAACUUUCCACGACUAAUUUGUUGGCCUGGACUCCAAUUCAAUUCACCUUCCCCAAACCUACUGAGCUCCAAAGCAGCCAAGCAGAUGGUCGCCCAUCUCAAAAGGGAAUGGGGAAUGUGCAUCAGCAUCGGUUCUUUGGAAACUGCUAUGGCAAUACAACUGCUCUGGGUCUGUAUCAGGGCAUAAGACGUAGUGGGUUUUUGCUUCCAUCAAUUAUUGGACCAUCUUCUGCCCGGUAUAUGUCCACGGCCAUUGGUGAAAGUUCAGACAAGAUUGAACUGAUCAGCGAUGUUACUGAGGUUCUUACAGAAACACCCAUUGAAGCUGUCGCUAGCCAAGCUGCUGGUGUUAGUGAAGUUGCGGUUGCUGCUGCUGAUUCGUUCUUGCCUAUUAAAGUCCUUCAGCAUUGCGUUGAUGCAGUCCAUACUUUUACUGGUUGUAACUGGUUUCUGUCCAUCGUUUUAACAACUCUGAUCCUAAAGACAGCAACUCUUCCCUUCCUGAUAAUUCAUCUUAAAUCUAACAUAAAGCUUUUUCUUUUGAGACCGCAGCUGGAGCAGAUUGAGAAAGUCAUCCGAGAUGAGAGUGCAGAGCCAGAGGCUAUUCAUGAAGGCCAGAAAACAAUAGAGAAGCUUUACGAGGAACAUGGUAUUACUCCUUUUACUACGUGGAAAUGGUAUUUCAUUCAGGGUCCUGUUUCCGUUUGUUUUUUCCUUGCGAUUCAGAACAUGGCGGAAAAAGUGCCUUCCUUUAAAAAUGGCGGAGCAUACUGGUUCACCGAUCUGACUACUCCGGACAGUAUGUACCUACUUCCGUUUUUGAUCGGAUUGGGUUACUUGACAUCAGUUGAGGUUUGGAGGCACCUGUCAGAAGGUUUGGAGGGAAACCCCAUUCCUGGUACCAGUAAAACAAUCUCAAGAGUCUUGGCUGUGGGACUUGGUCCAAUAUCAGCGUCCUGCCCCACGGCCAUAUGUGGCUAUUGGUUAACAUACAGCUCCUUCUCAGUGUUGUGUGGUUUGGCGACCAAGCUUUCUGCGGUGAAGAAAUUGUUGGGGUAUCCUGAAAUAGCCAUGCCACCCACUGCCACUACAGCUACGCAGGCACCCUUCAACCUGUUUUCAACACCCAAACUGGAUGAAGAAAUGGAAGAGGAAGUGCCAUCGGUGUCAUCCGACGAAUCAUCAUCGUCAGCAAAGACAUCCAGUUGUAGAGCGUCAUCAUCUUGCAAGGAGUAAUACAGCGAUUAUGUUCAUGAACCGACGAAGUGAUCACGCAGAGGAACACAAAGGUUCCGCGGCGUGUUUCAUCUAUGGUUGCUCACAUAUGACAGCAUUUUAGAGGAGGACGAUAGAGGUGUUUAGCUUGAAAAAAUGAUACCCCGUUUGGAAGAGUCACACGGCUAAAGGGCAGGAGGGGGAAGAUUAAUGCCCUGUUGCAGAAGAAGCUAAUGACAUAGAAAUCAAAACAUAGCUCUGUUUAGGACUUAAGUUGUCUAGUAUACUAUUUUCUGUUUCGUUUGUUGAAUUAGCAAACUAUUAAUGAUAAUUUUCACCAAACUACCAAGUCAUUAUCAGUUUAAUUAACUCGCAGG